AUGUCCUCAGUAAUGUAUAAUGCAACUGUAAGGUGUCAAACAAAAGAUACUCGUAACAUCUUGUUUAUAUUCUGCGAGGAUAGUAGUUUUCAGGGUGUUGCUAUCGAGGAAUAUGACACAUUUCCCCGCGGUUUUAGAGUCAUUUUAAUAAGAGGAUUCAGGAGAUUCACUCAGCUGGAGAAGAACAUUGGCAAGUCAUGUGUUCUUUUUUCCUCGCCUUCCUUCUCGUCUCAGGUGAGUGAGCUGCUCUUCCUUGGGAAUAAGACGCGGUUUCUGUUGAGGAAGAGAGGUGUGUUGGUGGAAAGUGCCCCCGGUGACAGCACUCCUUUCCCUGAUGACUUAUUCAACUUGGAUGACUACGAAGAGAUGUAUUAUGAUGGGAUGUAUGAUGACUAUGAUUAUAAUUAUAACCUGGGUGAUGGUGGUGAUCAAGACGAGUAUCAGGAUAUCCCCAACUUGGUUCCAUCCGUGAAUGCCACGACACAGCCCCCCGUUCCCGACAGCCAGCCACCUCCUGCCGCGGCCGUCCUCGAACAGAGCACGGCCUCUCCAGGUCAAGGGGCUUUGAAUGAGUCCCAGCCCACCGACGACGAGGGAUUCGACGAUAUCCUGUCGAAGCUGCUGUUCUUUGGGCCUCAACCUGUCCCUACGGAGUCCCAGAGUCACUUCCGCGGAGACCUGCCUCCCUCUUUGGACUCUGAGGAAGAUCUGGGCGACACCAGCGACCUGCAGUUCACUCUCCCGGUGGAGGAUCAGUCUCAGCACAAUGCGAGUGAGCCAGCAGAGGGAGGUCCGUUGGAGGAGAGUGCCCGGGAGGAAAGCCCAGGUGGCACUGGGCCUCUCACACCCGUUUUCCUCUCGUUACCUGUGGUGGAGGGAGAGUUCGAGGAUUCCGGGUCGUUGAACGUAACGGAUGAUGUCGAUUAUAGUGACGAGCGAGACACGGAGACAGUGACGGAAUUCACUACAAGGAUGGAGACAACGCCGAGCUUGACAAAUCUGGUCACAGUGCAAACGCCAGUGUCCGAAACCACGCACAGUUGGACUUGGUUCUACGUCAUUCUGUCUGGCAACUGCCAACGUGUAAAUUUUAACGAUGACGCUGAUCUCAUUGCUGAUUUCAUAGCCUCCUUUUCUUCGCUCCUACUCUACGACAGGGAAUAUAUAGUCGUUGAUUCCAUGUCUUGUUCGAGCGACAAAAUGGCAGUGAACAUGUCCGUAGAUUCGAAUAUCUAUCCCAACUGCGAGAACGACCUGGGGACACUGCUCUCCCACAGGAACAUCAGGAUCAAACUCCACAACACCUCUUUUUACAUGGAAUCCUUCGAGACGAAAAGGUCCCUGAUCUUCGAGACGAAACCGGAGAAGAAAGAGGACAAACCGGACAUUCUCCUCUUCACCCUCGUGGCCGUUGGCAUCUCGCUCGUCUGCCUCUUGAUCGCCGGCCUGGUCUACGCGGUGUACCAGUGCACCAGGUCUAAGACUCCUCUGUCUGACCCGGUCAAGUACCUGCCCGAAUCACCGCGUAGUCUGAGGCCGAAGUUCGAGGCGGAGCAAGGGGUCAAGGCAUCCGAGAAGCGUCCCCACGGGGUCAACAUGUACAGGAGUUACAGUGACCUCAGCGCUCCUGACCUCUACAGCCACCUUGGGUCAUUUGACUCGACCGGGAGCGCCAGGAGCGAAAUGUCGACGGUGCCCACAGCCCAUCUGAAGAUCUCACUGGAAAAGAAGAAGAAGAAGGAGAAAAAGAAGAAGAAGAAGAAGAAGGAUUACGACGAUAGCGGACUCAGCGACAUCGCGGGCUACGAGGAGAUGUGGACAGAGAGUCUGACGGAGACGAGCGAGGAGUUCAUGACGAUCCGAAACCUCAACACCAAGGCUUCGACGUUCAAGACGGAGAUCAAGGAGUCGGAGAAGGACAGCCUGGAUCCCCUCCUGAGAAACAUACACGACAACACCUCCCAGGAGAAAGAUAACAAGUCAGUGCCGCCCAUCGACAGCACCGAGUCGUCCACCAACUGCCCCUCCUCCCCUUCGGUCGCCAAGAAGGGCGUCCUCAAGAGCCUGGACGACCUCAUCUCCAGCAACCCAACAUCAAUUCUACAGCGCCUACUCCGCCACGUACUCCAACACGACCAUCAACAUCUCCAGUGCCUCGUCGGCCAUUUUCUCCACGACGAACACCUCCUCUUACGCACCGACAGACUCCUCGCCCAUGACCUACACCUCCACCAACACCUCCUCCUUCGGCACGACUGAAGGGAAGCCAUCCUCCUCAGCCACCAGUGCCUCUGCGGAGAACCUGUGUCUCACGCGCAUAACGUUCAUGGGUAUGGAAAACCCCUCGUUUAGGAUAGAGACAGAUAUGUGACACAGAAAAUCAUUUUUGACUUGAUUGGUUACCGAAUCAUCAUCUAUAGGCACAGAGAUUCUCAGAUCAUAAUUACACGUCUCUUUUUUAUUAUAUGCGAAAUGAUAAUUUUUUUUUAUUAAUGCUCUUAGUGUAGUGUCAUAAUUACAUGUCUCUUUUUUUAAUAUAUGCGAAAUUAUAGAACUAUUUAUUAAUGCUCUGUGUCCAGUGUAGUGUUUAGAAACCGUCCCAUUGGCGUGGCAUUAAAGAUUAUUAUUAUUAUUAUCAUAUAUUUUAAUAUAUGCGAAAUUAUAAAGUUAUUUAUUAAUGCUCUGUGCCCAGUGUAGUGUUUAGAAACCGUCCCAUUAGCGUGACAUAGACGAUUUUUCUUUGUGUAAUCUAAACAUUUCCCGCCAGAGAUGUGUGUAUGGCCGCACCAGACGGACCUCCUCUUGUCCUCCAACAAAAACUCUCCCACCGGUAUGUCUCAGGAAUGGAAACAGAAAAUAGAAAAUAAAUUGCACGUAUCAUACACAACGCUAUAGAAGUGAAUUGCACGUAUUAUACACAACGCUAGU